UCCGGUUGCUCAAUGCUGUACACUUGAAGGCUUGAGCAGGUUGUUGUGGCUAUUCAACCAAAAGUCUAAAAAUAUUGAAAAUAUUGAUCUUUAAAUUGUAUUGUCGUGGACAGCGAUGUUUCGCAGAAAGCUAACAGCUUUAGAAUACCACAACCCAACGGGAUUUGAUUGUAAAGAUGAAACCGAAUUUAGAAAUUUCAUAGUUUGGCUGGAAGAUCAAAAAAUCAGACACUACAAAAUCGAAGAAAGAGGAAACCUCAGGAACAUCGCCAGCUCAGACUGGCCUAAGUUCUUUGAAAAUUAUCUUCAAGAUCUGAAGUGUCCAUUUAACGGACAAGAAAGACAGGAGACCAUUGACUGGCUUCUGGGUCUUGCUGUGCGCUUUGAGUAUGGAGAUCAUGUUGAAAAAUAUCAAAACUGCAAACCCAUGAAGGAGGCCAAUGAUGAUCAGAAGCCUGCAGACCCAUUGAUUCAUCUGGACAGUAACAAUCCAGAUUUUAAGGCUGGCGUCUUGGCCCUUGCAAACCUUCUCAAAAUUCAGCGACACGAUGACCAUUUAGUAAUGCUUAAAGCCAUUAGAAUCCUGAUACAGGAACGUCUGACUCCUGAAGCCAUCGCAAAGGCCAGCCAAUCAAAAGAGGGUUUACCAGUUGCUCUGGACAAGCAUAUUUUAGGGUUUGAUACUGGAGAUGCGACUCUGAAUGAAGCAGCCAGGAUCCUUCGCUUGCUUCACAUCGAGGAGCUCCGAGAGCUACAAACCAAGAUCAACGAGGCCAUUGUAGCAGUUCAGGCUGUUAUUGCUGACCCCAAGACAGACCACCGUCUAGGAAAGGUGGGCAGAUAAAAAACAUCUGCCUGAACUUUGCUGCAAAGACAGUCUCCAUAUGACAUACUGCGUGAAAUGUUUGUUUUCGUUAACCACACCGGAGAUAUUUCGUGGGAAGGCAUUCUUACAAUGGAAAAAACAAAGGACCGUUUCUUUUCUUUGUUAUACAUUUGUUUUGCCAAGUUAUAGAAAAGUU